AUGACGCUUUCCUCGCGAACCGCGUUCUUGUUCGCACUAUGCCUCUUGGCGUUUAUCCCAUCCGUCUCUGCCUUUGGAGCGGGUGAGAUUCCCAAUUGGACCUAUCUUGAAGGCAAGGCGUUUAGGCAUUUGGACAUCGAGUCCAUUCUCGAAAACAUAGUCAGGUGGAGGGGAUCACGCGGAUCAGGUGCUGGUGGACUCCUUGGGGCAGCUGUAGGCCUCCUCGCAUCGGGUGGCGGCGAAAAGAAAUUUACAAAAGCAGACGUUAACCGUGUCUAUUUUGGAAAUUGGCUCCGUGACUACAGCCAAGCUCUUGACAUCUCUGGACUCUCGCAUGCAACGUUUGAUACCAUCAUCAUCGUGCUUAGGGUGUUGGCCUUCAUGACCUUUGGCUACGCCACCCAGGAAUUCGAGCUCAUGGCUGACAAGAUUGGCACAUAUCUCCCCGUGGAACACAUUGGUAAAUUCAAUAACCCAAAGUAUACCCUAAACUUGCUUAAAGACUGCGUACUCAUUGCACUCAGGGGUUACGGAGGUGAUGAAGAUCCUAGAAAGUAUAAUAAAAACUUGCGCCCUCCUAUCAAUCCUAGGGAACUUGAAAUCGACCAACGCACCGGCAUGAAGAACUAUAUUGCCAACUCUGGACAAGGAUGGGAUACCUCUGCAGAUCACGUCCGUCGCUCUCUUGAAAAAGUCAUCCAACUUGCUCGUCAGUCGGGUGGGCAUCGGAGCCCUGAGCUUUAUGAAGCGUACAGAUUGCUAGGGGGAUGUCUUCACACGCUAGAAGACUUGUUGGCCCACUCCAAUUGGAUCGAGCUGUUCCUGACCAAGCAGGGCCACCGCGAGGUCUUUUGCCAUGUUGGAGAAAAUGUCACGGUGAAUGCUCCCGGUGGUCAACGAGUCCCGCCACUCGUCACUGGAACGUUCGGUUCCGCUGACUUUAUCUUCUCCGUCAUGGGCGAGGCUGGUGACAAACUCUCCGAGUCUAGCGUUUCCGAACUCAGCAAAAAGGUCAACGACGCACAAGGCAAGCAAAAUACACUUUCUACUGUCAAAAACCUGCUUGGAACAAUCAACUCUGCUGGCGGUGGCGAUAGCUCGAGUGAUGUCGCCAAGGCAGAUGAAAUUCAGAAACAGGCUUAUAGCUUCAACCCCGACAGUUAUGUCACGGAGGAUGUCCAAAAAACGCUGUGGGAUAUUCUUCAGUGGAGAGAUACAAUCAUGAGAAAGGUUGAUACUAUCAUGGAAAAGAUCCCCGGACUUGAGCAAACUACCGAACAGCUCACCGAUGCUCUGAAUGUUUUCGUCUACACUACGAUUGAACCAUAUCUAAAGCCCGUUCUCAUGACGUGCAGCCAAGGGCUCGGAGCUGGUAGCCGUGCUGUGAUCGACCAGGAUGAUCAAUACGAGGUGUUCGACAAUGGAAACGCCAGUGAUCCAUCCCAUUCGAUGAUCAGUAUGAUAUUCCAUCAAUCAAGGAUUCUCAAGCUUACUUUGACUAGCUUUGAUAACAUCUUGAACGAGCCCGCUGGAAAGAUUGCCAAGGUCGUUGUGGAAGUGGCAGUCAACAAAGUUGUCGAAGCGUGGAGCGAUAACAGCGUAGAUGUCAAUCAUACCAUCAAUGAAAUCCUCAAGGCAUUCCACCAUCCUUACUUUGCGGACGAUCGCUGUGAGAUUCAACAGGCGAUGGCUCAAACCGCUCGUAAGUGGCUUGAAGGGCUUGGAAACGAUCAGCGAACUGUCAUCAGCCGCUUGACCAAGGAAAGUGUUCGAGACGGCAAAAACAAACGUCUGGGCUCGGACGAGAACACACCAAUGCAUUCUCACACAGUGGGUGCAAAUCAACGCGCUCAUGGUGGGCGCGCAUCUGGACGAAUUGCAAGUGGUGCCAAGCCUCAGCAGCAUCAAGGAGGAUAUGGCGGACAGUCUCAACAAUCCAGCUACGGACAGUCUCAACCGUCUGGCCAUGGUCAAUCUCAGCAAUCGAGCUAUGGGCAGUCUCAGCACCAGCAACAGUCCUAUGGCGGCCAGGCUCAAUACGGAGGUCGCCAGCCGCAGAGUGGCAACGACUCGUACGGCACGCAAGGCUCCUAUGGGCGUAGUGAACGCGACGAAUACGGUGGAUCACACCAGACUCAGCAGCAGAGAUAUGGACAAGACCAUGACAAUUCGUACGGAGGAUCUCGCGGCUCGGGCAAUACCUAUGGGAGCUCGGGUAAUACAUACGGGAGCUCCGGGAACACGUAUGGAAGCUCCGGUAACACGCAUGGAAGUUCCAGGCGAGAUGAAGAUGAGGGAUAUGGUGGGGGACGUACUCAACAUCAGCAAUACGGAGGAUCUACGCGCCGUGAUGACGAAGACCGCCCAAGCGGUGGAUAUGGCCGUCAAGAGCAGUCCUACGGCCGUCAAGAACAAAGCUAUGGCCGUCAAGAGCAGUCUUACGGACGUAAUGAGCCAACCUAUGGACGUCAAGAAGACCGAUCGUCUGGUUACGGCGCAAGUCGGGAUAUAUACAGUCGCUCUGAAGAAAAGUCUGGCUAUGGAAGGCAGCAGGAAAGCUCUGGCUAUGGCUUGGGUCGCCAUGACGAGUCUUCAGGCUACGGUCACUCCAGCCGUCAUGAAGAGGAGAGCUCUGGGUAUGGCAAACGUCAGGAAUCUUCGCGCUAUGGCGAGCAGACAAGCUAUGGAAGUUCCGGAUAUGGGUCGCGCCGCGAUGAUAACGAGACGUAUGGAGUUGAGCGCAUGAACUUGGGUGGCCGAGGUGAGGAGCGUGGAUAUGGAGGUAAAUCCUACGGCGAUGACGAUGAUAGACGCAAGAAGCAAGGAAAGCAUGACUCUGACGACGAGGAUUCUAGACGCAAGCAGUAUGGGAAGCAAGGAAAGCACGAAUCUGACGACGAGGAUUCUAGACGCAAGCAGUAUGGGAAGCGAAACUCUGAUUCCGACGACGAAAAGAAGCGAAAGCAUCAUGGAAAGAAGCACCACGACAAUGAUAACGAGGGUUACAGUCGCUACUAG